CAAACUUUAUCUGCGUAGUAGUGGUAUUCAAACAUGGCGCUGUUUAGGUCUAUCGCAAGCGCCCGAGGCAAGGGUGUCUUUUCAGCGAUUUGUCGCAAUGCUUUUAGCACAACUUCUAAGGCUUCUGCGACGAUGACUGUCCGAGAUGCUUUAAACUCCGCCAUGGAAGAGGAGAUUAAAAGGGAUGAGAGAGUUUUCUUGUUGGGUGAAGAGGUGGCCAUGUAUGAUGGUGCUUACAAGGUAAGCAGAGGAUUGUGGAAAAAGUUUGGCGAUAAGAGAAUAAUAGACACUCCUAUCACAGAGAUGGGCUUUGCUGGUAUUGCUGUGGGUGCAGCUAUGGCUGGCCUUAGACCCAUCUGUGAAUUCAUGACUUUUAAUUUUGCAAUGCAAGCUAUUGAUCAGGUGAUAAAUUCUGCGGCCAAAACUUUCUACAUGUCUGCUGGGCAGGUCCCAGUCCCUGUGGUUUUCCGAGGUCCAAACGGUGCAGCUGCAGGAGUGGCUGCUCAGCAUUCACAGUGUUAUGCUGCUUGGUACGGUCACUGUCCUGGCCUUAAGGUGGUAUCUCCUUAUUCAGCUGAAGAUGCUAAAGGUUUGCUGAAGUCAGCCAUUAGAGAUAAUGAUCCAGUGGUGGUUCUUGAAAAUGAAGUCAUGUAUGGUGUGCAGUUUGAUAUGCCAGAGGAGGCAUUAGACCCAGAGUUUGUAAUUCCCUUUGGCAAAGCUAAAAUAGAGAGAACAGGAAGUCAUAUAACCAUAGUAGCUCACUCAAGGUCUGUUCAGAUUUCUUUGGAGGCAGCUAAACAGCUAGAGGCAGAAAAUAUUGACUGCGAGGUGAUCAACUUGCGUAGCAUCCGGCCUAUGGACAUGGAUUGUAUUACAAGUUCUCUCAAGAAAACCAACCAUUUGAUUACAGUAGAGGGCGGCUGGCCGCAGUUUGGUGUAGGGGCAGAAAUUGCUGCUACUAUUACAGAAAGCGAUGCAUUUGAUUACCUGGAUGGUCCCAUUUACCGAGUGACUGGGGCAGACAUUCCCAUGCCGUAUGCCCAACUCUUAGAAUCAAACACUAUACCUCAGGUUCAAAACGUCGUCCUUACCGUGAAGAAAUCUCUCAAUCUAGCUUAACAAUAUAAAAUUAUAUUACAAUACUACAGUAUUACACUACUUCAUCAUAACACUGCCGGCUAAGAGCAGAAUCCUAUUAUACUGAAUUUUGAAAUCCUAGUUAUAAAUAUUCAGUAGAAUUAUGUAAUGCUUUCAUGACAUAUGUUUUAUUGAAUGUGUGGGUGGUACCUGAAACGUUUACCGUACUUGGUGAAUAUAUUUUUAUUUUUCAAUAUAGUAUUUAAAGAGACUUAAAGUAGGUUACUA